CUAAUACGCUAAGGACAUACCUAUAGACUAUAUAUGAUUGCCAAAUAAAGACUUUUCAAUGUGACUAAUUCGAACGUAGACCCUAUAAAUACAGGAUGCUAAUCAGCGCCUAGCAUUGAUGCGCCAGAACCCUAUUGGCUGUCCUUCACAUUGCACAUGCGAUGUGUUUGUGUUUUGGCUGAUGUACAGGGAAGCGUUUGGUCAAAUUAAGAUACCAACAUAUAGAACACGAUAGACGAAAAACGUUACAAUAUUCGGCCAAAUGAGUGUUGGGACAGUGUACCCUGCUGCGGACGAGGCAGAGAUGAGCCGUAUCCACUACGAGCUGGAGUACACAGAGGGCAUCAGCCAGCGCAUGCGUAUCCCCGACACCCUGAAGAUGGGGCCAGAGAGCCAGGCAGGAGGGCCUUCCCCGGGGGUCCUGGCCCCCCACCCUGCCCUGAUGCAGGUGCCCGAGCGGAUCGUGAUCUCAGGGGACGAUGUGGACUCGCGCUACUCCCGACCCAGAGACCUGGACCUGAUCCAGGCCACGCCUCCGCUAGACCUGCUGGGGAUGAAGGCUCCGCCCCGGGUCCUUACACUGACGGAGCAGCCGCUGGACUCCCUGGAGACAGACCCCGCCCCCCCGGCCCCCAUGCACCGCACGGCUCACUCCAGGUCGAAGAAGGAACGCAGUGCGACUGAGAGCCCAACUGUCCGUCACAGCAGCCCCGCCCACAGAGCAGACACCAGUGUGACCCCGUCCCCCGCGGCCCCUGUGCGGGUGUGCCCCCCCCUGUGCACCCCGGAGGAUGGAGCCCCCCUCUACUCAGCUGGGGGGGUGAUGUCUUACAUCCAGGCCACCACACGCCGGGCCUACCAGCAGGUCCUGGAGGCCCUGGAGGACGGACACCGCAGGGCCCAGCUGGACAUGACCUUGGAUAUGACCCCUGAUGAUUCGGGAUUGGUGGAUGCUUCAACACUACGACGACAGGUAGGCAGUCACAGUGCUUCAACACUACGACGACAGGUAGGCAGUCACAGUGCUUCAACACUACGACGACAGGUAGGCAGUCACAGUGCUUCAACACUACGACGACAGGUAGGCAGUCACAGUGCUUCAACACUACGACGACAGGUAGGCAGUCACAGUGCUUCAACACUACGACGACAGGUAGGCAGUCACAGUGCUUCAACACUACGACGACAGGUAGGCAGUCACAGUGCUUCAACACUACGACGACAGAUUGUGAAGCUGAACCGGCGUCUCCAGCUCCUGGAGGAGGAGAACAAGGAGCGCUCCAGGAGAGAGCUGCUGCUCUACUCUGCCACCGUGGCCUUCUGGCUCCUCAACACGUGGGUCUGGUUCCGACGCUAGAACCACCGCAUACCACAGGGGCUCUGGGGUACGAGGUCGGCAGAACCAGCUACCUCCCCACCCUCUUCACAUUGUCAUCAACAAGUGUCAAAGUUUAUAUCUAAAUCUAGAGAUGCCAUAGCAUGUGUCUGAAUAUCUUUACCACAGCCCCACUCUCCUUUAGGGUCGAGAACCCCCUCUCUUCUCCCACUUAUGGGGAGUGGGGAUUCUAGAAUUUUCAAGGGGGCAUUCUAGAGCUGAUAGAAUCCCCCUCCCUGUAAAUUCUACAACCCCCCCUAGGGUCCAGACGCACCCCUACCCCCUGUAAGGUCUAAAACUGACCCCCUCCCUGAUAGGGUCCAGAACCCCCAUUUCACUCCUGCCCUCCAUCACCCUGUUCUUACAAUAACUGAAGGGUUUUAGGUAAUAUAACUCUUAUCUUACCUCUGUGAUUUCCUUCAGUCUCCUGUUUGUCUGAAUGGAAUUACAGCACAGGUUUGUCUCCGUAUGAAGGAAGUAGCACUGUUUUAAUGUUGUUAUAGUAUUACGGUCCUUUCUGUGUAGAAUCUAAAUAUCAUAUUUUUAUGGAAUAAUGCAAUAAAUAUGCAUAUGGAGUUGUAUGUAUCAUAAAAUAAUAUAUUUCAUCAUAUUAUCGACUGGAAACUAUUAUGCCAAAUGUGAUGGCUGUCUAUUCUGUUUUGCUUUAUUAAGCGCAGAGACUGCCCUGUACCUGCCCUGCCAAGAUGCAGUCUGACAUUACAUAUUUAUUUAUUUAUUAUUUGUAAUAUAUCGAUGUAUCAUUUGUAAAUAUUUAUUGUAUUAAA